AACUUCAAUAAGCAUGCGUGGAUUUCAGAUGAGAAAUGGUCGUUCGGAAUGGAGACACUAAAAGCAAAACGGUGUUUACAUGUUCAUGCAGCGAUGUAGCAGCAAUGUAUUCGGUCCUGAACUUAUAUUUUGUGCAUAAAAUGUCUCCCGAUUAAUAGAUAAUUUUGCCAUGAGUUUUAGUAUACCGACGUGUAGAUUUGAAGUGUGUAAACAUUCCAAAAGAUAAAUUUUUAUGAUAAAAUCAUCAAACAUGAAUCAGUCUGUGGAAAGUGCCCCUCCUGUUGAUGACAUCAUCGAAAUCAUACCCAUGGACGAGUAUGAUAGCAACAAGGCAAAACUUCAGUGCUCUGUAUCAUGGAUUCUCGACAAGGCCUACAGAGAUCAAAUACCAAAGGAAUUCAAAGACCCAUUUUACGAGACACAGGAUGGUGUGAUGCAUAUUAAGCCCAAGCUGAUGAAUCUGAUGGUGUCCAGUGAGCUUUACUGUCAGGCCUGCAAUAAUAUGUUCGGGGAUUCAUCAUUACAAUGGCAAGGGACAUCAGGUCAUUCCAGCAUCAUUCAAGUGAUGUCCAGGAAAGGGAUAUAUGUUGUCGAUGAUAACGAUAAAGCUGUUACAGAGUCUGUACUUAUAAAGUCGGCUCCCUUUGAUGUGAGUGCACACAUUGCCCUGAUCGAUGCCUUGAUGCUGGCCUACGUUAGACAGAUAGUGACGGUGGAGAAAGUAGUACAAACUGUCCGAAGAUUUGCUGCCUUCAAUGCCUCCAGUGAGCUGCCGUCCAGUGUGGAGGAUGCUCUCCUGUUCUGGAUAAACAAAGUCUGUGUGGCCGUACAGCUCAGUGUGAACAAGGAGGAUAACCAGGUGCUGGAAGGGGAGACAAAUCAGAAGGUUCGUAUUGUGAGUAAGUCUGGGAUGAGCAUGAGGGAGUCUGUGAAUAUUCCACUGAUAGAGGACCUCUCUCAGGACAUUGGUGAUGGCUGUUCUUUGGCUGUUCUAAUCAGCUUCUACUGCCCCUCUGCACUCAGUCGGCAAGAUAUCUGUUUAAAGUCUAAUGUAGGCAUAGCUGACUCGCUAUAUAACCUUCGCCUAGUGAAGGAAUUCUGUGAUAACUACAUCCCUGGCAAAGCCUUCCAUCUGACCUACGAAGACUUCCUCUACAUGCACAACAACCUGCGACAGAACGUGGAGGUGUUUCUCGCAGAGCUGUUCUACUGGUUUGAGAUUCAGAAGCUAGACUGUGUGUAUAGUGAACCAGGUUCGCGGCCCACAACAGCCAAGAAAAUGACCAGCAGCGCCAUCACAAAUCUUCCUCCGAUCAGUAACGUCACCAAGCAGAGUUUCCACAAGUACUCGGCGGAUGAUGGGGCGGUUCCUCGCGGAGUGAGCCAGAUGCCACCAAGACAACCCCUCCUGUAUAAACGACAGCAGGAACCUGAUGUCAGUCAGCAAGGUCCAGGUGUGGGACGAUCAAGACCAAUGUCUGCUGUGGUCGGGAAGGAGAAGAAUGAUGUACAUCGGUCAGUGCUGGCCUGGCAGGAGAACAGUCAACAGACUGUUCAGCAGAGUGGUGGUAGUAACCUCCUGGCCAAUGUCAGCAUUGACUCGGAGUUGAUGGAGAGCUUUUCUGAUGAUCAGCUGGGAAGUCUCGACAUGGAUCUGAGUGACACGCCCCGGCCCACUCUGCCAGCCAAUCAAGUGCCAAGAGAAUCAGCAUCAAAUCUACGUGAUCCAAAUCAUCCGGAUUAUAUGGAGGUACAAAGUGUGACAUCAGGAGCUGCCACAAAUAGAACUGUUCAUCAAGGGGAAGAAACUAGACCUGAUAGUGAGUCUGCUAUACCUGAGAAUCCUCCUUGUCAUCAAGACUUGCUAAAUGAAUUCAGUGCUCAAUUAGACCCUAAAGACAAUAAGCAGAGUAGAAAUGAAUGCUAUGAGCCUUUGUUACCUGCAAAAUUAAAACCUCGGAAAGAAGCAAUAAAUAACCACAGCAAGGAACAAGAGAGGGGAGAUAAGUCUUUACUUGCUAAAUCAGUGAAAUCUAUGGAAGUGGAUCUGGGUUCUUCGAGUGUUUUAAGUGAGCGUAGUGACAGCAGUAGUUCUGUUCCCGUCACUCCUCUACCCGAGGAUCAGUUAUCGGACCAAGAUGUUCCCAAACAGCCCCGUUAUACAGCAUUUACAGUCAACACUGGCUUUUCAGAAGACAUGGAAUCUCCACGAAAAAGUGUAUUGUCCACCGUCCGUAGCCAAGGCGAUACUGCUGAAUCAGUUAAACUGAGUUAUACUGUCUCCAAUGAGGCCACUUCAGAAUCGGCGCGGGCAGCCGGGAUACCUGUUGUCGGGGAGAGUGGCGAGCAAGCAUGGAGGAGAUGGGGCUCCAGAGAGGGUAGUGUGAACAGUAGGAGUUCAGGGGACAAUUCCGAUCAUGAAUCUCAGAAAAUUCACUACGACCAGAAACUGAGUGAGAACAAAGACAAAAUCCGAGAGGUGUCACCUCCAAAAACUUUUACUAGAUUCGGUUCCAAGGACAGUGAUGUAUUUCAAAAACCUAAAAUGAUAGUUAGAAGUAAGACAGCUGUUUCACCAAAGAAAGAACCCUCCAAACAUAUGACUACAAAUUUUGCUGAAAUAAAGAGAAUGAAGAAUGUUCAAGGAAAUGUUGACAAUUCUGGAAUGGUUUACAUGCAGCAUGGCCAUGAAGUGAAUAACAAAGCUAUGCAAAGCUCAACAACUCAAAUCAACAAUAGGAACAACCAAAACUCAACAUCACCUAGCAGAACAACAUGGCAGCAAGCAAGCACUCUAAAAUCUCCUGAUCAGGCCACAAGUGAUUCCUCAGAAAGCAGUGACAGUAGUCGCCCUGUGCUGUCUGAGCUAACAGAAAUCCGGCUUAAGUUGGAGGAAAAGCGUAAACAGAUAGAGAAAAAGAAGAACAGAAUGGAGCUACAGCAACAGAAACAGAGACAGCGGUUAGGGAAGACAGCUUUUCUUCAUGUGCUGACAAAACCCACUGAAGAGGAGGUGUCUGAUGACUUGAGUUCACAGGGAAGUGAGGCGUCUCUACCAGCAAGUGAGGAGGCUGCCUCAAGUUCAACCUCGGACAAAGGACCAACAGCAGCAGAUGGAAAAACUACAGGAGCACUUCAAAGCAACAAAGCGUUUUCUAGGGAGGGGAUACAGCAAACAAUAGAAAAUGUUAGAAAGAAGUGGUUUCAAGAGGACAAGGAUGAGCAACCUGUGCAGAUGGAGAUAAAACCAGAAGAAAUAAUGAGUAAGAGUUGUCCAGCCAAAAAUGGAGAAGUUUUACAAAAACAAAAAUCGGCGCUGCCUGCCCAGGAGCAUAAUUCAAUGUCAAUGAUAGAAAAUAUAUCUGACAGAAAAUUAUCUGAAGCUCAAGAAUUAGACAGUCCAUCUGUAUACAGUCGGAAGCUUGAAAAACUGGAUCAUGACCUGACUGAUUUGAAAGGGGAGAUCCUGAGGAUGUCUCUGGAACAGGAGCAGUACAAUGGGAGUCCAGCGGCUAUUUCCAUGACGCAACCAUCCACAGCCACCAGGCCAACUUAUGCAGUGGAAACUCCAGAACGGAAAUUCCAGGGAAAACCAUUCCAUGGAUCAGAUCUCGCCUCAGUGAAUCAGGCAAACGUAAACACUCCAGAGAGAAUGCAGUAUGGAACCCCAGCGGUUUGUCGCCAUGCAGGAUAUGCAGGCCCCAUUGAUCCCAGUGUACCCACCCCAGAGAGGGUUGUGAUGGGGGGAGGUAUGUCUCAGUACCCCCAGGGCCUACCCCAACAGAUGCCUAUUACACAACCAUUCCAGCCCCAAGUGAUGCCCCACUCUUUACCCUAUAAUGGACAGAGUCAGUUCAGUCCAAUGCCACAAACACAGGUGCCAUACAGCGGUUUCCAGACUGUUGGUACUACUCCCUAUCCACAACCCCAGUUCCCUCCCACCCCACCCCAUGGCUACCAACAGUCCCCUCCCUUCAAUCCCAAUCUGGUGUCGCCCCACGGACAGUAUGGGAUGCCUGGGGUAUAUAAUAUGACUCCUCAGCAGUACCCUCCCCAUUCUCACAACACAUCUACAGUGUCAGCUCAUACUCCUGUCUCUUACAUGUACUCGCCCAAUCACACCGGAGCUCAAGUCUUUCAACCUUCUGCGGAUAUUAAUAAAAUGCCGCCUGCUUCUCGGGCUGAAAUGCCCCCCACUUCUAGUGCUUUCAAUGAUGGUAACAUCAGCAAAGAAGACACCUCUGCUGUUUCAAAUAUGGGUGUUCAUGACUCAUCUCAUAACAAAAGUGAUAUACAAAGUGACAUUUCUAGUGACCAGAAUGGAUUUUUUGUGUCAUUUGGAGACAAUUCUCCAAAGGUUAAACCCAAACUUUCUAGUGCAACAUCUCAAAAGACGGUAACCUCUGAACCAACUAGUCUCCAAAACCAAACACAACAGUCACCUCAGCAGAACCAGUCUAGUCAAGCUAGCAACCUGAAUGUGUUAGCCAUAGAUCAGAACACGUCGGCCAGCUCCCAGCCCGACAACACAUCCCUGCAUGAUACCUCGGGGGUCGGGUUUGUGGUGGGAGAAGACCCAGAAACUAUCUCAAAGUCAGUGGAAGAAGAAUUGAACAGAAAAAAAGAAAAGUUUAUACAAAUGCAGAUCAAACGCAAAGAAGAACAAGACAAAAAACGUCAAUAUAAAGAGUUGGAAAUGUCACGCAGGAAAGAGCAAGAGAGAAUUAAACAAGAAGAGGCAGAAAAACGUAAAGCCAGUGAAAAGGCACGAAGAGAUGAAAUAUUCCGUCAGUACCAGGAUAAGAAGCAUCAAGAGGAAGACAACUACGCACCUCCUGUCCGCAGGAACCGAUCCAAAACCCGGGAGAAGACCCGCCCCAAAUCCAUGUUCGACAAAGGAGAAUCAGGAUCAGUGGAAGGUUUGCACUCCCAUAGUAGUUCUCAAGAGGAUCUCUCUUCUCAAGCUUUUACUAUCAGUCCGGGUCACAAAGAACCUUCGGGUGUUGGUCCUAGAAAACCCCCAAGCUUAGCACCACGCCCAGGAAACAUUCGAAAAGCAGUGUCCUGUAACACCCUGUCCCAAUCCACGGAGGGCAAACUGACCUACAGGAGACAGCCCUCUCCAGAUCUUGGUCGUUUGAAGAGAGGCAGGAACAGUGCAGAGAGCAGUGAAUCUGGAUCAGAUUACGCAGGACCCAAGUUAUUUGUGAAGCCAAGCUCCAAGUCAAACCGCCACAUCAUCAUCAAUGCUAUUAGUCAGUGUGUGCUUGCUGGACCCGUGAACGCUGAUCAGAAAAACAAAGUAUUAGAGGUUUUGGCUAAAUCAGAUGCCAAGCACUUCCUGAUAUUGUUCCGAGACCACUCCUGUCAGUUCCGGGGACUGUACAGCUUUGAUCCAGAUUCAGAGGACUCCAUUAAAAUCCAUGGAAUAGGACCCAAACAAAUCACCAGCAAAAUGAUCGAAAGAUUUUACAAGUACAAUUCUGGUGGAAAAAGCUUUAGUGAGGUUACAUCUACGAAACAUUUAUCAGUGUCAAUAGACGCAGUAGUUAUACACAAUGCCUUGUGGAAAACAUCAGCAAAGCCGCCACAAAAAAGGUGAAAUACCGGUCACGCCCCCAACAAAGUGAAAGUGAAAGCAGAGCUGCCCAAGAUUUUUAACUCUAUGAAGAAAAGAAGAGCUGCACUGAAAGGAAACCCAGCAGUCAUGAGAUAUACUACAACAGAAGCCUCUCAUUUGAGUUAUUACGAUGCUCUAAUUCCAAGCUAUAGAAUAUUGUCCAAAUGCUUGAGAGACUUGUAUGAAAAUACGUGUGAUUUAUUAUUUUAUACAUAUACAUGUACUAGAAAGAUUAGCAUGCUAUUUAAUAUUAAACAAUAUACUAAUAAGGAAUUCAUACUCAUUUCUACAAGAUUACUACUCACUGUCUCAUCCUAUAUUUAUGUGCUUUUUCUGCAUACUCAGUUGUCAGGAAUAUUUAUUUUUAUCUUCAAUGCUUAUUAAAUUGUAUGAUUGAAGAAAGCCAUUCCAGAUAUGCUUCAAGUAUUGCUUGGUAGAAACUUGAAUCUUUUCCCUAAAGCUUCCUCUAUUGUCAAGUCUUUAAAUCAAGACAUUCCAUUAAUUGUGGCUUUUUACCCAGAAUUCCAUGUAAACUGUGACCCAUUAGAUGCUGUAUAUAGUGCUUCUAUAUUUCGUGUGUAAAUCCAAUCUUAAGAAGUAAGUUGCAAAAAUCCUUUAGAGGUGAAAUCUUAGUCAUACGAAAUAAUAUUAAUAACAGAUAUGAAAUAAGACAAACAAUAUAUACAUUUGUACAUUGAUUAUACUUUUACCAGUAGUGUUUACAUUGUACAUGUAUGUACAGACAACACAGUUGUGGGUAUUUUGCAUUCUAAAUACUGCACAGUCAACAGACCUGGCCAGACUCUGAUUAAUGAAGUUUACUGUGAUACAUUUCUUGCCAUUAAUACCGCUGUCCCACCUUGUAUAGAGUUGUAAUGUCCAGAUAAACCAAUGGAGGUAGAUGGUCUUUUCUGUCAGUGCCCAUGCAGUCCGUGUUCUCUGUCCACUGUAAGUGUACUUAAUUCUAAGUACAUUGCUAUAGUGCUUUCAUUUUAUUUUAUGCUACAUGUAUGAUACAAUAUUGAAAAGCAAAACUUUUACUUUUAAUAUG